CAUAUGACCUAUAAAGGUCCCGUCAGUCGUCCGUUUCUUCAGUCGAUGUCGGGUUUGCUGCUCUGCAUUUCAAAUAUGGUUUUCUCUGCCUAGGAAUCCCCCCCCAUUAUAUUUUAUUAUUUCCUUUUUUUUUUUUUUCAAAUUGUGUAUACAGUGUUUUUUUUGGGGGGGUUUAGACAGUGAAAGAGACACUUGCACACACGUUCUUGUCGGAAUUAAUCAGUUUUCUUUCAAAAAGGAUGUCUGCACUUACAUACAGAAUUACCAGGCUGAGCUCAAGGAAGCAAAAGAGGACCAGUCGGACUGUUAAAGCGCAGACUUCUUCGAAACGCAAAAGCUGUUCGGGAAACCUUCACCCAGGUGAACAGCGGGCAAGUUUACCAGAUGAGUUAUCACACAGCAAUGCAAAUCAGAAACAUGUCACUCGAUAUCACUUACGGCGACGAGAAGUUGCGGAAAUUACAGUCCCAUCGCUGGCCACGCCCCCUGUUCCGACCAAAAGAAGGAAGCAGACGAAGGUUACGUGUGGGACUGAUACAAAUACGUCAGGGGAGGAGUACUUCCAGGAUAAAUUACCCGAUGAAGUGAUGCUGAAGAUUUUUAGUUUUCUAUUAGAGUUUGAUUUGUGCCGAGCUGCUCAAGUUAGUAAAAGAUUCCGUACCAUAAGCAAUGACAGUGAAUUAUGGCGAGUUCUAUACAAAGAUGUGUUUGAGUAUGACAAGCCAUUAAUGAACCCUGAUUCAAAGACAUUUAACUUUGUCUCACCUGAAGAACAAAAGAAUCAAAAUUCAUGGAAAGAAAGUUUUUGCCAAUUGUAUCAUGGAAUUCACGUUCGUCCCGGAUAUCAGAAUUUUUAUAAUCCGAAAAGGAAACGUCUGAAGGGGAGAAGUAUAACGUGUGUGGAUACAGUGGAGAAAGCAUUUUCUUAUGUUGACAGCAGUAAGCCAUUAAUAUUUGUCCAUUCUGGUGUAUACGAAGGGGAAUAUUUAGCAGUCGAUAGUAACAUAUCUGUGGUUGGUGCAGCCCCUGGAAAUGUGAUAGACCAUGUCAUUAUUGAACGUGAAGCUAAAUCAACAGUAGUAUUUUCUGAAGGAGCAAAAGAAGCAUACAUUGGUUACAUCACAAUAAAAUUUUCACCUGAUAGCAGCUCAUCUGUCCCUCAUCAUAAACAUUAUGCUCUUGAAGUCCAAGACAACUGUUCACCUACAAUUGACCAUUGUCGCAUCAAGAGUACCUCGGUGGUUGGUGCUGCUGUUUGUGUGUCGGGUAUGGGGGCCGACCCCCACCUCAAGCAUUGCAUUAUCAAAGACUGCGAGAAUGUUGGCUUGUAUGUCACUGAUCAUGCACAGGGUACAUAUGAAGACAAUGAAAUCUGUGGGAAUGCUUUGGCAGGGAUCUGGGUAAAGAAUCAUGCUAAUCCUGUGAUGCGACGGAAUCACAUACAUCAUGGCAGAGAUGUCGGCAUAUUCACAUUUGACAAUGGAUUAGGAUUUUUUGAAAGUAAUGAUAUUCACAAUAACCGUAUUGCUGGCUUUGAGGUGAAGGCCGGUGCCAACCCGACUGUUAUGCGGUGUGAAAUACAUCAUGGCCAAACUGGUGGUAUCUAUGUUCAUGAAAAUGGUCGCGGCCAGUUUAUAGAGAAUCGUAUUCAUUCCAACAAUUUUGCUGGUGUGUGGAUAACGUCAAAUAGUGAUCCUUCCAUCAGGAAAAAUGAAAUAUUCAAUGGCCACCAGGGUGGUGUGUAUAUAUUUGGUGAAGGAAGAGGUUUAAUAGAAUACAAUGAUAUAUAUGGUAAUGCAUUAGCGGGAAUUCAAAUUCGGACAAAUAGCAACCCAAUUGUACGACAUAACAAAAUCCAUCACGGGCAGCAUGGAGGUAUAUAUGUGCAUGAGAAGGGCCAAGGUUUGAUUGAAGAAAAUGAAGUCUAUUCCAAUACAUUAGCUGGUGUGUGGAUCACAACAGGCAGCCAACCGAUCCUCCGCAAGAACAGGAUACACAGUGGGAAGCAGGUUGGAGUUUAUUUCUACGACAAUGGCCAUGGAGUCUUAGAAGACAAUGAUAUAUUCAACCAUCUUUACUCAGGAGUUCAAAUAAGAACUGGAAGCAACCCACUUAUCCGUCUCAACAAGAUCUGGGGAGGUCAAAACGGUGGCAUUCUUGUCUACAACAGUGGACUAGGGAUGAUUGCUCAUAAUGAAAUAUUUGACAAUGCCAUGGCUGGGGUAUGGAUUAAGACAGAUAGUAAUCCUGUUCUACGCAAUAAUAAAAUACAUGAUGGCAGAGACGGUGGUAUUUGUAUUUUCAACGGUGGUAAAGGUAUCCUUGAAGAAAAUGACAUAUUCCAGAAUGCUCAGGCUGGGGUGCUGAUCAGUACACAGAGUCAACCAUCUCUCCGUCGGAACCGAAUCUUUGAUGGUCUUGCUGCUGGUCUGGAGAUCACAAACAAUGCAACUGCUACGUUAGAGGAGAACAAAAUAUUUAACAACAAAUUUGGUGGACUUUGUCUUGCCAGUGGUGUCAGUCCCAUAUUGAAAGAUAAUAUCAUUACUGGUAACCAUAAUAUGGUCGAGAAAGCUGUAGAUUCCGGUCAAUGUCUCUAUAAAAUAUCAAGUUGUACCAGUUUUCCAAUGCACGAUUUUUACAGAUGUCGGACAUGCAAUACCACUGACCGAAACGCCAUCUGUGUGAACUGUAUCAAAAACUGUCAUGCUGGGCAUGAUGUCGAGUUUAUUCGACACGACCGCUUUUUCUGUGAUUGUGGUGCUGGCACACUAAAUAACCAAUGCAAAUUGCAAGGGGAGCCAACACAAGACACAGACACUCUUUACGACUCUGCCGCCCCAAUGGAAUCUCAUACACUCAGAGUCAACUAGAAUGAAAUUAUUAUUACCACGAUUAUUAUUGCUGUUAUUAUUACUAUUAUUAUUAUUAUCAUUAUUAUUAUUAAUAUUUUUAUUAUUAUUACUACUAUUAUUAUU